AUGGCCAACAGCAACCCACCAUCCCACGAACAACUCAAGAAGGACCUCAAAAAGGAUGCCGAAAACACCAAAAACAGAGCUGCUGCUGACGCUAAGGAGUUGAAAGACCAAGGUCAAGCAAAAGCUCAAGAAUUGAAGAAGGAAGGAAAGGCCAAAGCUCAAGAAGCCAAGAAGACUGCUGAAGAGGAAGCUGAGGAUUUGAAACACGCUAGCAAAGAGUUGUAUGAAGCUGCUAAAGAAAGAGGUGAAGUUAUAUACGAUGCUGCGGCUGAAAAGAGCCAAGAAGCUUACGAAGCCACUAGAAAAGAAUUGGACCGUUUGGAAGAAGAAGGAAGAUCCUUAUUCUCCAAGCUCAGUGCUUCAAUACAAAGAGGUGCUCAACAGUUUGGUCAAUUUUUGCAAAAAUCGGGUGAAGAUAUUCAAGCCGGUGUCUCUCAAGUUGCUUCAAGAACUGCAAUUGAGUUGCAAAACCCAGUUGUUGUGACUCAAUUAUUUGUUGCUGCUGGUGGUGCUGCUGCUGGUUACUUGGGUUGGUUGGAAAGAUACAGAAUUAGAAGUGACCUGAAUGCCGUGGUAGGUAUCCAUGCUGGUGUCAUUACUGGUUUGGUUUUGCUUGACGGAUUUUUGUUCAACAAGUACUACCCACAAUAUGACCAAAAGAGAACCACUACAACCACUAAGUAG